CACAAUCUAAUCCAAUCUGUUUGCGAAACGAAUCGGGAACAUCAUGGCUACCUUUCGUGUCCUUCCUCGGUUUAUGCGACAAUUUUCAAAUACUUCGAUUCGUUUUUCUAAGGCAGGCGAUGCUGAGUCGCAUCAUAAAGCUGCUCAGAAGCUGUGGAAGCAGCUGACUUUCUUCGUGGCAAUACCUGCUUGCGCACUGUGCGCCGUGAAUGCUUACCUCGACGAGAAGGAACACCAUGCUCACUACCACAGGCCAGAAUAUGUGCCGUACGAUUACCUUUGCGUUCGCACAAAGAAAUUCCCUUGGGGCGAUGGCAACCACGGGCUUUUCCAUAAUCCGAAGGUCAAUGCCAUACCAGGAGGUUACGAAGAGUAAAGUAGCACAGCCAGAAGGCUCUUAGAUGGACAGUGUAAUGACAACAAUAAAGUCAUUCCAAGUCAAAGUCAAGUAAAGUGUUAA